GACUCAGGGAUUCCGGCUGCCCAGCGAGACCGGGAGCGCAGGGAAGGAAUCUGGGCACUCCUUACGGGAGCGCCCAGGGCUAGAGCGAGAGGCUUGUCAAUCACUACUGGUUGCCACGACGACAGGCUUUGGGAUCCCCGCCCCCGGCUGCCUAGGCGUCUUCACGACCUACCUUGGCACGCUGGAGCGGAAGUUGCCGCCUGGACUUCUGGGAAGUGUAUUUCGGAACCCACCGUGGGUACCUACCAUCUUGGCUAUGACCCAAGUUUCUCCCAGGGUUUCAGGUUGACUUGGCACCUUGAAGAGUGGAGGCUUGGCCCCCAGGAUCAGGUGGCCCUCGAAAUCAAUGCCACCCACGGGGGGGAUGAUUCUGCGGCGCCAUCCCCUUCAUAACGCAGAUUCCUUCACAAAGCCGCAGCUGCAGGAGGAACAGCGCGAGGUCAGCCAGCCCCACUUGCAGAUGCGGAAACAAGUUCUCAAAGGCACAGUGACCUGAAGAUGGGCGGAAUCAGAAUCUCGGGACUUCCUUGCAGGCUCCUGUUCCAGCGAUCUUGGAGCCUUUGCCGACCCCCACCCCCACCCCUUGCGAAGCUGCCCUAUCCUCUUCCAACCCCACCUAAAUCAGGAAGCCGAGAUGGGGCAUUGUGUAGUGUGAUGCUGGGCUCAGAAGAUGAGACUGAGUAGGGAGAGAGGGUGCUGCCUUGGGGCUGAGCCAUACAGGUCAAGGCAAGAGGAUCAUCUGCUUGAGCCCAGGAGUUCAAGAACAGCCUGGCCAACAUAGUAAGAUCCCAUCCCUACAGAAUAUUAAGAAAUUAGCCGGAUGUCAUGGCACACACCUGUUGUCUCAGCUACUUGGGAGGCUGAGGUGGGAUGAUCUCUGGAGCCUGGGAGGUCAAGGCUGCAGUGCCGCAUGAUCUUACCACAGCACUUCAGCCUGGGCGACAGAGUGACACCCUGUUGCAAAGAAAAAAAAAAGAAAAAAGCCUGUGUUUGGAGCAGGGAGUCUAUCAGAGACUUUGCACAGGCCCAAGUGGAGAGAAGACCAGGGAUACAGGUGGCUAAGGGAGGGCUUCUAGCUGCGUAAGUCUGUGGGGUGUGAAUGGCCUUUCUUUGCUUCUUUCCUCAUCUGCCUUCCACAUGGGGUAGGUCUGAGGAUCAAACAGUACAGGAUACACUAGGUAGUGAAGCAUUCACUGUCUAUUCCUGUUGCAACAGCCUCAUCCUAUUUCUUCACCAGGGGCAGACACUGGCCUCAGAUACCUGACCUGGUACCCUCUAUGAGGCCUGCGGUGCUGGGCUCCCCAGACCGAGCACCCCCAGAAGAUGAGGGGCCUGUCAUGGUGAAGCUAGAGGACUCUGAGGAGGAGGGUGAGGCUGCCCUAUGGGACCCAGGCCCUGAAGCUGCACGCCUGCGUUUCCGGUGCUUCCGCUAUGAGGAGGCCACAGGGCCCCAAGAGGCGCUGGCCCAGCUCCGAGAGCUGUGUCGCCAGUGGCUCCGUCCAGAGGUAUGCUCCAAGGAGCAAAUGCUGGAGCUGUUGGUGCUGGAGCAGUUCCUGGGCGCACUGCCCCCUGAGAUCCAGGCCCGUAUGCAGGGGCAGCGGCCAGGCAGCCCCGAGGAGGCUGCUGCCCUAGUAGAUGGGCUGCGCCAGGAGCCGGGCGAACCCCGGAGAUGGGUCACAGUCCAGGUGCAGGGCCAGGAGGUCCUAUCAGAGAAGAUGGAGCCCUCCAGUUUCCAGCCCCUACCUCAAACUGAACCUCCAACUCCAGAGCCUGUGCCCAAGACACCUCCUAGGACUAUGCAGGAAGCAUCACUGGGCCUGCAGGUGAAAGAGGAACCAGAGGUUACAGAGGACUCAGAUUUCCUGGAGUCUGGGCCUCUAGCUGCCACCCAGGAGUCUGUACCCACCCUCCUGCCUGAGGAGGCCCAGGGAUGUGGGACAGUGCUGGACCAGGACUUUCCCCACAGUAAGACUGGGCCUGAGGGUCCCCCAUGGAGGAAGCACCCCAGGGCCCUGUGGCAUGAGGAAGCUGGGGACAUCUUCUCCCCAGGGUUUGCGCUGCAGCUGAACAGCGUCUCCGCAGGUCCAGGUAGUGUAAGCCCUCACCUCCACGUCCCCUGGGACCUCGGCAUGGCUGGCCUUUCGGGCCAGAUCCAAUCACCCUCCCGCGAAGGUGGCUUUGCGCAUGCGCUUGUGCUCCCCAGCGAUCUGAGGAGUGAGCAGGACCCCACGGACGAGGAUCCCUGCCGUGGUGUGGGCCCUGCUCUGGUCAGCACCCGCUGGCGCUCCCCCAGGGGCCGGAGCCGGGGCCGCCCCAGCACUGGGGGUGGGGUGGUUAGGGGCGGCCGUUGCGAUGUGUGUGGUAAGGUGUUCAGCCAACGCAGCAACCUGCUGAGGCACCAGAAGAUCCACACGGGUGAGCGACCAUUCGUGUGCAGCGAGUGCGGCCGCAGCUUCAGCCGCAGCUCGCACCUGCUGCGCCACCAGCUUACGCACAACGAGGAGCGGCCGUUCGUGUGCGGCGACUGUGGCCAGGGGUUCGUGCGCAGCGCGCGCCUGGAAGAGCAUCGGAGAGUGCACACGGGCGAACAGCCUUUCCGUUGCGCUGAGUGCGGCCAGAGCUUCCGGCAGCGCUCCAACUUGCUGCAGCACCAGCGGAUCCACGGCGAUCCUCCCGGCCCUGGCGCUACGCCCUCGGCCCCUCCUGGUGCGCCUGAGCCUCCCGGCCCCUUUCCGUGCAGCGAGUGCCGCGAGAGCUUCGCGCGGCGCUCCGUGCUACUGGAGCACCAGGCGGUACACACAGGCGAUAAGUCCUUUGGCUGCGUUGAGUGCGGCGAGCGCUUCGGCCGCCGCUCAGUGCUGCUGCAGCACCGGCGCGUGCACAGUGGCGAGCGGCCGUUCGCCUGUGCCGAGUGCGGCCAGAGCUUCCGGCAGCGCUCCAACCUCACGCAGCACAGGCGCAUCCACACCGGGGAGCGACCCUUCGCCUGCGCCGAGUGUGGCAAGGCCUUCCGCCAGCGGCCCACGCUCACGCAGCACCUCCGCGUACACACAGGCGAGAAACCCUUUGCCUGCCCCGAGUGUGGCCAGCGCUUCAGCCAGCGCCUCAAGCUCACGCGUCAUCAGAGGACACACACAGGCGAGAAGCCCUACCACUGCGGCGAGUGCGGCCUGGGCUUCACGCAGGUCUCGCGGCUCACAGAGCACCAGCGCAUCCACACGGGCGAGCGGCCCUUCGCCUGCCCCGAGUGCGGCCAGAGCUUUCGGCAGCACGCCAACCUCACCCAACACCGGCGCAUCCACACGGGUGAACGGCCCUAUGCAUGCCCUGAGUGUGGCAAGGCCUUCCGCCAGCGGCCCACGCUCACGCAGCAUCUGCGCACCCACCGACGAGAGAAGCCCUUCGCCUGCCAGGACUGUGGCCGCCGCUUCCACCAGAGCACCAAGCUCAUUCAGCACCAGCGAAUCCACAGCGCCGAGUAGUUCCAGUCGGGACGCAGUCUCCGCCAUGGUCAGAACACCUAUCUCACCUGGUUGUUGUAAGGCUGGCGAUUACAUAAGUAUAAGCAGGUCCGCCCAGGGCUUGGCCACUGUAGGUGUCCAAUAAACAGUAGAUGGAAACUGGGUCUCCA